AUGGCUGACCGUGCCCCUACCCAGAGAGCUCCAAGACCCACCCCAACACCCACUACUACCAACAACGGCCCUACUUUUUUACGUAAACUCCAAGCCCAUAUUGGAUCAAACUCAAGCCAACUUGUUGGUUUCUUGACUCUUAUCAUCACUGGCUCCGUUCUCCUCCUCCUUACAGGGAUCACUGUGACAGGAGCAGUACUUGGGUUGAUCUUCUUCACUCCUUUGAUCAUCAUUUCAAGCCCUAUAUGGGUCCCUAUAGCCGCAGUCCUCUUCUUUGCUGUUGCUGGCUUCUUAUCUUUUUGCGGGUUCGGAUUGGCUCUUGUGGCUGGAUUGUCAUGGACAUAUAGGUAUUUUAGAGGGUUGAACCCACCUGGGUCGGACCAGUUCGAUUACGCUCGUAACAGAAUCUACGACACAGCGAGCCAUGUGAAGGACUAUGCUAGGGAAUAUGGAGGGUACUUGCAGAGCAAAGUGAAGGAUGCGGCUCCCGGUGCCUGA